UUCAGUUGUGCAUUGUUUGGCGCCGACGACACUACACACAACGCGGUACGCAGCGCUGUACGCAAGCCAACGACGUAUCGGGAACGUAACGUAACAGCAACGUAACGGCACGCGAAACGUAACGGAAACGCAGCGUGUCGUGAAAUUCGUGGCCGCAUUUUGUGAGUUAUUAAAAUGCGAUAAAAGCCAGUGAAUCGUUGCCGUUGCAUUUUAAAGUAAUGCAAGUGUAAACUUCAACAAAAUCAACACCACAAAAGUGAAUAACGAAAAUACGCUUAAAAAAAAUAAAGAAGAGAAAAACGUUAAAAAUCGAAAUCGCCGCUAACGAAAUCAAAGUCAAUAACUGAAAAAGAUAAAUCGAAAGAGUUAAGCCUUAUUGACGAUGCUAACCUGCGUGUGUCGGCCCGUGUCGGGCAAUCUGCCCAAAAUGCCGCCCGCCUCACUGAUGCCCGCCUCGAGAGCGUCACUCAACCGUAGCAGCGGGGGCAACGGCAGCGGGGGCAGCGGGAGCGCCACCGGUUCCCAUAGUCCCACACGAGUGGUGACAUCCGAACCCAAGCUGAACGUGCCCAGCAGGCUGACGUCAGCCGAACUGAGGGCGAUGGCACUGCGACAGCAGCAGCAAAUCGACAGCCAGCACCAGCUGCUGGCCACAAAGGAACAACGGCUGCGCUUCCUCAAAUCGCAGGAGGUGCGCAGUGCGGUGGCCAGCGCCGAGGGUGAACGGCUGCGCCGACUGAGGGAGCGUGUCGAGGCGCAGGAGUCCAAACUGCGACGCUUACGCGCGCUGCGGGGUCAAGUGGAUCUGCAGAAGACCUACAAUGUAACGCUGAGCAAUGACUUGGACUCGAUUCGUGCUCUGUUCAGUGAAAAGGAGAAGGAGCUUAGCCUGGCGGUGGCCAAGGUGGAGGCGCUCACCCGCCAACUGGAGGAGCUGCGACGUGACAGACGAUGUCCGGUCAAUUUGUUGGCCGCAACGGGACAAGCGGGCGCGACUCAAGCGUUGCCGCCGCAGGCAUCACGGGAACUGGAGAAGCUGAGGCGUGAAUUAAUGUAUCGCAAUCAGUUAUCCUUGCAACAAGAUGCACGCUUACACAUGCAACGCGAGGCACUGCAGCAACGGCAGGCGGAGCUGCGUUCGGUGGAUCAGCGCAUUUAUGAAUUGCAGACACGUCUGCAGCGCAAGAAGCAGGCAAACACACACCACCAACAGCAGCAGCAGCAGCAGCAGCAGCAACAGCAACAACAGCAGCAGCAGCAACAACAACAGCAGCAGCAUCAGCAAAAGCAGCAACAGCAGCAACAGUUGCACGUACAAUCAGCUCAGUUGCUGGCAGCAACAGCUGCUGCCGCCCAGCAACAACAGCAGCAGCAGCAGCAGCAACGCAAGUCCGCGCCGCCCGCCUCCAACCUGUCGAAACAUGGCGGCGUCGCUGCCUUGAAGCAGCAACUGUUGCAGAAGCAGGUCAAUCAGCUGGCAGCGGCGGCUGCUGCUGCUGCCGCUGGACGGGCCGCGGAACGUUCAAUUGUGCGCGGCAGCAGCGGCGUCAACGUUGCCGCCGUCGAGCCCUUCAUACACACGCCACAGAAGUCAACGAUAACGUCGACGGCCAGCUAUCUGAGUGCGGGCAAUAUGCUGAAACAUGCGGCAGCAACGGCCAACACCAAUCAGCAGAAUCAGCUCAUCCAGGAUCUGAGCCACAGCAGUCACGUGAAACUGGCCCCAGGACAGAGUUACUAUCCCAGUGGCAGCAAUGCAACGCCAGCAAGUAGCAGCGAGAGCGACGAGUCCAAGUUGGCCAAGAAGCUGCUCACAGCAGCUGCUGCUGCUGCUGCUGCUGCGGCGGCGGCGACGGCAACGACAACAACACCUGUCUCCAAAACCAAAUCGGAUGCGGAGCAACUGCGCAAGCAGGCGCAAACAGAGGCCAUGGAUAGCACCACACACAUUUAUGCCGAGGUGGGACCCAAAAAGCGGGACAGAGAAGCGGCUGCAGCAGCAGCAGCAGCAGCGGCAGCGGCAGCAGCAGCUGCGGCAGCGGCAACUGUUGCUGAAACCACUACAACAACAGCAACAACAGCUGCAGCAACAGCAUCGAUAGCAACCACCUCGCCCGCAGCAGCUGCCAGCAAAAUACCCAAAUGCAUAUCCAUCACCAGCAGCAGCAGCAGCAGCAGUUCUGCGACGGCUCUCAUCAACAAGCUCAACCAGCAGGUCGUCAAGGACACACAGGAGUCCGCGAAGAAGAAUGAGAUUGCGGUGACAAGCGAGACGCUAUCGGAGCGCAAUACGCAACAGCAGCUAACUGUGCACAGCAUGCCACUCGGGGCAGUUAGCAAAUCUGUAGCCAUUGCCGUAUCCAAUUUGGCAGUCAGCAAGCAACAAGUAGCAGUGCCUCCACGAAAGCCGAUCAGCAGCGUGGCGCCCACUUCAAUGAGCAACAGCAACAGCAGCAGCAGCAACAACAGCAGCAGCAGCGGCAGCGCCAUACCCAAAAUGAUAACAUACAGCCCAAAAGUGAAUCGUGUGGCGCCCAAUGUGAUCAACGCUGCUGAUCCGAGACCCGCACUGCCGCCCAAGCCGAGCAAAAUGUCGCCAACAGAGAGCGAAAACAGCAGCAGCAGCUGCGCAACAGCAACAACAACCGUUGCAACUUCAACGACGGCCACUUUUGGCCUGCAAUCGCUAAACAUCAACGACAACUUGCCCAUCAAGGCCAAACCGCUGACAAUACGCAAGCAGCCCAUCUUUGAGCAGCCGCCGCGUUUGAAGGCAACGCCAAGUGUCUCCCUCUCCAAGCCUGGCCCACAGCAGCAACAGCAACAACAGCAGCAACAGUUGCCACGCAAGUCGGAGGCACCGAAACAAGCUGAGACAAGAAACGAUUCACCGCAGCACUCGCCCACCACUAAUUCACAGAGUGGCUCCAGUGUGGAUGAGCCAGAUCGCAUCAGCAAUCAACCAGAAAACAACAACAACAACAACACCAGCAUCAACAGCAACAGCAACAGCAAAUGCAACAGUGGCAGCAAUCUCAAGGAACGCACUGCAAGCAAACCGAAGCUGGCACGCCGAGUGAGCUUUGAUCCGUUGGCACUGCUUCUGGAUGCCAGCCUGGAAGGUGAACUGGAGCUGGUGAAGAAGACGGCAAUGCAGGUGGCCAAUCCCAGUGCUGCCAACGAUGAAGGCAUCACAGCACUGCAUAAUGCCAUCUGUGCCGGACACUUUGACAUAGUCAAAUUCCUUGUACAGUUUGGCUGCGAUGUGAAUGCCCAGGAUUCGGAUGGCUGGACGCCGCUGCAUUGUGCCGCCAGCUGCAAUAAUCUCAAUAUGGUCAAAUUUCUUGUGGAGAGCGGCGCCUGUUUGUUUGCCUCAACGCUGUCUGAUCAUGAGACGCCCGCGGAGAAGUGCGAGGAGGAUGAGGAGGGCUUCGAUGGCUGCUCCGAGUACCUGUACAGCAUACAAGAGAAGCUGGGUAUUCUGCACAAUGGCGACGUCUAUGCCGUGUUCUCCUACGAGGCGCAGAACAGCGACGAGCUGAGCUUCCAUGUGAACGAGCCACUGAUCGUGUUGCGCAAGGGUGAUGACUCCGAGAACGAGUGGUGGUGGGCACGCAAUGCCACCGGCGACGAGGGCUACGUGCCACGGAAUCUACUCGGACUCUAUCCACGCGUGCCGCCGCAAUCGCCACAUUUCGGCGAUUAGCAGUUAAUACGCUUUACUAUAUUGAAGCGCAAGGCUGGGCGGCUUGUGCAGAAGCGCUAUAUAUCCAAGUAUAUCUGAACAGCGGAUUCCGAGCACGUGCACGGACAGCAGCGACACUGCAGCACCAAAUGGGCAUUUUAGUUAUGAGCUGGCAUUACUUAUCACGGCAGCCUCAUGUUUUUCUUUCCUGUUCACUUUUUGUUUUGUUCGAAAAAGCCACAUGAAGGAAACCAGGCGCACUCAAUAAAAUAUAUGUAUAUUAUUAUAUAUGCACACACACACAUAUAUACACACUUGCUAUAUGGCGCAACAUACGGCAAGUUGUGUAUGAUUGUGUGUCUGUUAGUUGCACGAGAGGCAAGCCAUGUUGAAAUGUGCAACAUUUGCCAACUUCAGCUAAAGCGCCAGCGGCACCAGCAAUUUAUCACAGAGGGACAUUAGCCAGCACUAGCCAUAAUUAGCUAGUGUCCUGGCAUCCUGGCAUCCUUGCAGCCUGCCACAAUAAAUUGGAUUUCACUUAAGCCCCGAGACCAACCCCUAGAUUAAGGCAUAGACUAAUAACUUAAGCAAUACACAUCCCACUUCCCACAUCCCACAUCACCCAAAACUGAACCUAAUUCCACAUCCAGCCCCAACAGCGCACCACAAAUUGCUUCAACUUUGUGCAUAAAUGAAAAGUGUUGCAAAUUGAAAACGAAAUUUUAGAUUAAAAUUCAAUGCAAUAUGCUAUGUACUUUGUGGUUGGAAAACCAGCUGUUAAUUGCCAGCAAAAAUGUAAGUUGCUACAAAUUAUAUAUUUAAUUCGAUAAUUGCAUUAAUUUACACACAUUUUACACACACAAAAACAAAUCGAAUGUGAUUUUUGUAUUGUAUAAAGCGAAAUGAAAAAAAAAGAAGAAAAACUUAAUAUUUAAUAAUCGUUAAUAUUGCAUAAUGUACAGUACUUACUACCUAUGUAUGACUAAAAAGCUGCUUCGUUAUCAAAUUACAAUUCUUA